AUGUCUGCUCGUAAGAAAACAUUGUUGAAAGUGAUCAUUUUGGGCGACUCGGGCGUGGGCAAAACCUCGCUCAUGCAGCAGUUUGUCAACAAUAAGUUUUCCCACCAGUACAAAGCCACCAUUGGCGCCGAUUUUUUGACCAAAGACUUGACCAUCGAUAACAAAACUGUGUCCUUGCAAAUAUGGGACACGGCGGGCCAAGAGCGGUUCCAGAGUUUGGGUGUGGCGUUCUACCGAGGCGCCGACUGCUGUGUGUUGUGCUAUGACGUGACCAACGAGAAAUCCUUGAACAACUUGGCUUCGUGGAAGGACGAGUUUCUUAUCCAGUCCAACGUGCUGAACCCACAGGACUUCCCGUUCAUCAUAAUAGGAAACAAGAUCGACGUGGACGAAAGCAAGAAAAUCCCUUCCUUGUCGAAGAAGUUGAUGAACAUCACAAACAACCAGUUGGGAGGCUUGAGCUAUCCUGUUUUCGAAACCAGCGCCAAAGACUCCAUCAACGUGCAAGCGGCCUUUGAGGUGGUUGCCAAAAUGGCCUUGCAGCAGGAGGAGCUCAACGAAGGCGCCCGUAGCGACAUGAACAACGACUACAACGACGCAAUCAAUAUUCAUUUGGAGAACGAAACCAGCGGCUGUGCAUGUUAA